CAGGCCGGCAGCGAGGGCGAGCUCAGACAGGCGGGCAGCGGCAGCACGAUGGCGUCCUCCGCCACCGAGGGGGAGGCCAACGGGGCCGGACCACAGCUAAGGCCAAGCCGAGAGGACGAGGAGGAAGAAGAGGAGCUGAUCCCCCUCAGCCCACCUCCCACUCUGUCAAUCACAGAGGAAAUCCUGGAGUUCAUCAACCAGAGCAGAGCCAGAGAAGGACUCACCGCCAUUACCACCCACGCCACGCCCAAAGAGAGUCAGCUUUCAUCUAUGCAGACCAACUUCACCUCCCCACUACCCCCGGUCGCCUGCCCCUCCAGUCCAGAACCAAGACCCACAAUGCAUCAAGAGCAGGAAAGAGCAGACACAGAGAACGACGAUGCCUUCCGAUGUCAAACCGGCGGUCUAGAAGGGAAAGGCCCUCUUGAAAAUGAGAGAAAUGUGAAUGAAGUCCAGAAGAUUCACGAUGCAGCCAGUAAUGUGCAGAAAGGAGAUGAACGAGGAGGAGGGGCAGAGGAAGUAGUGCUAGGGAAAGAGGAAGAAGAGGAGACAAGGGGCGAUGAAAGAGAGACCCUUGUCCAUGUGUCAGAUCUUCAUCCCUCCAUCUCAGCAGAGAACAAAGGACAGAGUUCUCUCUCACUCUGGAAGGAUGUGAUGAUUGAAACCACCACUUCCUUCCGAUGUUCAGAUACAGAUCCUCCUCAUCACCCAUCCCCUGAAGAACAGCCACGCACAAGAGGCUCCAAACUCACCAAACGGGACCAGAAGAUCAUCGAAAAGAUCAGGAGUUACUAUGAGGCGGCAGCCGAGGCUGGAGAAAACAAAGAGGAGGAGGAAGUGGAAGAAGAACAAGGAGAAGGAGAAUCACCAAGAAGGAGAAACAGUUUCUCGCAAAUCCCCUCUGGCUUGGUGAUGGAGUCGGUAUCUCGCUUUGAUGUGAGCGGGCACUGGGGUGAGGCGGAGGGGGAACGAGGCGAGGGUGAGAUGAAGGAGGUCAUUGAUAAGGACUCUGACCUGAAGAUCUCUUCCUUUACUCCACUCACAGCGGAAGUAGAGAAUGAGGUACGGACCGAGGAACCAAUCGGCACCUUGGAUUUGGAUCCAAAUGGUCAAACCGCUGCUGAGAUUCAGGACGAGGAGACUCCAAACCAAGAGAAUCUAUGGUUGAGUGCAAACUGUCCUGUGGAAGAAGAGUCCAUAUUUCUGGUCCAAGAUGGAAAAGUCUGCAAAGGACCAUUGGAAGAAGCGACGAAGGAAGCGACAGAGGAUCUACGGGAAAUGGUUUUUGGUACAGAAGAGCUAAAAGAAGAACCAACGAUCACCAAACAGCACAAAUGGAAGGAAGAACCAAAUGAAACCAGUCCUCGAAACACAGUAGACAUAAAUGGCCAUGAAGCGAACCCAGCAGGGACAGCAGAAUCAAAAGAAAUUCCAGAUGUGCCACCUCCUCCUCUGCCAGCUACUGAACCAUGCCAAAACAAUGAGGCCAAAACUCAGCCCACUUGGACGAGAACCAAACAAAGAGACCUGGAAGGAACCCACCUCGAAGGUCUUACCGGUCAAAUAAAAGUGGGUCAAUGGUCCCGCCAAUCCAGGAUUGUCACCGCCAACCGGGUCUUGUUUGAGGGCCUGGGGUCAGACGUAGCCGGCAUUGGGUUGUUUGAGGCAGGCCCCGUGGUGGACCCCAUGCUGAUGGAAAACUCAGAGCGCAUUCUGAGCAAGGUCCAAACAAUGGCCCGCAUGUACGGCAACAAAGUCAGCACCAUGAAGGUUCCCCUGCAUCAGAAACGGGCCGGCAACGUAUGGAACCAAUCGUCAUGCUCAGGAAGAUUCUCUGGGUGCUCAACUCAAAAUCAGUCGACUCAAUCUCAGACCCCGAAUAAAUUAGGAACACAGACCAAAGUCCAGAGCCAGACAGGAACCCACAUCCAGAACCAGAACCAGAAAAGUACUCACUGCCAGUACCAGACCCAAACCACAAGUCGGGAGGACCGGGCGAUCCAGGAGGAGAGGAGCAUCAAGACCUGGACAAACGACCUCCAGGAGGAAUCAAUGCCUCCACAGGAGCCUCUGCUGUUGGUCAAAGACCCGGUGUGUCCUCGCCAGACCAACGCAGUGACGCUCUCCAGACCCAGAGACUUCAUCUCCGCCUUGGCCAAAGUCAGAGACUGUCCACCAACUGACAACUUCCAGACCUCCGCCAUGUUGUCUGCUUCUAGGGAUGAUGUCAAACCGCCUGAGGAUCAGGGACCCAGAAUGUGCCGCUCCGCCAGCAACUGCCCAUUGAUGUCAACCACCAACCCCGCAUGUCGAGUCCCAGAGCUCAGGGACCUCUGCUCCACGGCAUCCUCGGGAAGAGAAGAAGCCCACAGUUACAGCAGGGAGAUUAGUGCAGAAACUCUAGAGAGGUCUGGGGACGUCCUCUCUGCCCCAGAAUGCAACACUCUCGCUGGACGUACUGAGCCCAUAGUUGUGUCGGACGGAGAGCUGGAGCUAGGUCCGCCAGCAGAUCAGAACCAGACGGAACCACAAGGGCCAAACAGCAGGAGGCUCCUUCACAGCUCGUUGGUGAGCUUCGGAGAAGCUGAAGGCCCGAGUCAGCGACUGACCUUUGACCCCUCGUUGGGUGCCGCUUGCACAGUUGCAGAAGCCGCAGAGGAUCAGCGGCUUUCUGGUCAGAGCUUGAAUCCGUUGGGCCGUCUCCCCAGGGACCUCCAAGACUCACCGCCCCCCGGAGAGGACAACCUCCCCCCUGCCUGCGGCCUCAGACGCCGCUCACCCUCCCCUAUCAGAGCACCUCCCUGCUCCUCGCCAUUCAGGGUCGUCCCGGCAUCUUCUCCCGCUUCUCCAUGUGCCCCUCCGGCUCCUCCCUCUCCUAAGGCGGAGUGCUCCUCUCCCUUCUGGAGGUCUUCGCCCAUGCGAGCAGGUCCUCCUUCCUCUCUGCGCUCCUCCCCCGUGGCCCCUUCCUCCGCUUUCACCCGAUCCCUCGCCGCCUCCUGCAUCAGCCAGUCCAUCAGCCAGAGCAUGGCAAAGAGCAGCGCGCCGCCCCCCAGCCGCAGCCCUGGCUCCACGUCGCAGCUUCGCCGGCGAUCCCCCUCCCCAAAACCUCUUUGUGCUCAGCAGGUCUGUGGCCCCCCUGCCCACGCCCAGCUGGGCUGCUCCAAAGACGGGCACCUCUUCCCUCGAGGUCCUCUGUCCUCCCCCAGGUCCUCCUGUCCUCCCCCGUCUCUUUGUCCCUCCCCCCGUCCCUCCUUCCUUCACUCCAAGACCGACUCCAACGCAAACAGCAACAACAAUAAUGGCAGCGCCGUCGCCACGGCGACCCCGCGGGGCGUCGACCCCGUCUGGUCCGGGUCACACAACCGCGUGGCUCGGCCUUUCUCCGCCUCCGAGCCCAGCUCGCGGGUUCAAUCGCCCGUCCCCGCCCCCGCCUCGUUCAGUCACCUCUGCUCGCCGCCCCCCCAAACGAGCUCCGCAUCCCUCGUGGCGAGCAAGCCCCCCCAUCCGCGGGGGAGUGUGCGGGCCGGCAGCUUGAGCCCCCGCAACCCGCUCGGCCUCGCGCUGGAGUUGCCCCGGGCGGCGUCCGGUCUCGGCCCCCGGGUCCUGUCGCCUCCUCCAAUCGGCGUGCCGCCCAACAUGUGGACCAGUGACGUUGCGGCACCUCGACCCAGGAACGCCUCUUCCCCCUCGCCUUCUUUGGUCCCGCCGCGUAGCCCCGCGGGCUCCCCCCCCCCCGGCCCUCCCCAACCCCUGCGGCGGUGUCACUCCUCCAACACGGCCGACCGCCCGGGGCGCCGCUCCUGGGCCGACGGCGGCCGCUUGCUGGGAAUCGGCGGCGUCUUCGAGUCUUGCCCCACCAGCCCGCGGAGCGGGUGGUCCUCUUGCGGCAGCUCCCCCUCCCACCAACCCCCCCGGGCCACAGUCCAAUCCCCGCUCUCCCCCGGGGGCCUCGGCGGGCAGCACUUCACCAGCGUGCCCUGGCCGGAUGUACGAGAGCUCUCCAGCAAAUACAGGGGGGGCGAUGGCCUCAGUGCCGCCUCCUACUCCCCCCCACCCCCUCUCUCCCCUGUCUCCCCCGCUCUCCUCCCUGGGUGGGGGGACCCUGAGCUGCCGGAGGGGGACUGUCGCAGCCAGCUGAUCUGUGCCUACGUCGCCCACACUUCCUCCUCACACCUGCUCCUCUCCGCCUCCCCUCCGGCUUCUCCUGACCAGCACCACCUUUACCGAUCAAUGGCACCUACCUGCCCCCCAACCCCUUCACCCCUGCACGCAUCGCCGCCCCCCUUCACUCCCCCGACCAAACCGGAGAGCCAGAAGACCAGCUACGCCACCACGGUCAACCUCCAGAUUGCCGGCAGCGGGCGGAUAACCUCCUUCAGCACUGCCCAGGUCAGCCUGACCCAAACACUGCAGGGCGGAGCCGGAGGGGCGGGACCUGGACCCGCACCGGGCCAGUCCACAAGGAGAGUAAGCAUCAAUGGACUCUCACACAUCCCGCCGACUCUUUCUCAGAAAUUUAACAGGAUGUGAAAGAAUAGGAGGAGCCUUUAUAAUAAAGAAGAAGUGUGAAAAGCUGAGUAACUGAUGGUCUCGGGGAAACCGGCCCUUUAAGACUUUAGGAACCGGCCCUUUAUGACUUUAGGAACCGGCCCUUUAUGACUUUAGGAACCGGCCCUUUAAGACUUUAGGAACCGGCCCUUUAUGACUUUAGGAGCCGGCCCUUUAAGACUUUAGGAAUUGGCCCUUUAAGACUUUAGGAACCGGCCCUUUAAGACUUUAGGAACCGGCCCUUUAAGACUUUAGGAACCGAGGUGGACCAGAGUUCAUACCAUUUUUUCAUCAGCAUAAAUACAAAUACAAAGACUUUUUGACCUCUUCUUUUAUUUUUCAGAUCAAUAUCAUCCAGGACUCAUAAUGUUUACAUGAAACAUGUCAUUAUAUAUAUAUAUAUAUAUAUAUAUAUAUAUGAACGCAGCGGUCAGUCGAAUGGAGCUAAAACGUUUAUGGAGUUCUGAGAAUCUCUUGUGUGAAAAUGACGAAUGAGGAUCAUGACUUCGGACCAAAAUAUAAUUAGUGUUUCUGAUUCUUUUGUCUCCCACAUCUAUUCUUACUAAAUAAUCAUAAUGAUAUAAUAACAGAAACAUUCAAGUUUGAGCAUCAAGUUUAACUUCAAAUUGACUGGCCGAUGAUUAAAAUGAUUAAAUAGGGUUAAUAAAAACAUUCUUGGAUUAUUUUAAAUUAUUUACAUAAACUACAAUAAUAGAAAGAAGAAAAGGUAUUUGUAUUUAAUUUUCACGUAUACGUUCAAAGAACUUGUAACAAUUAAAACGUAUUUAAAAGAUAAUAACUAAGGUGGAAAUGAUAUUAUCCAAACAUAAACAUAUAUUUUUUAAUUAUUAUUAUUUAAAGUCACGUCUUUCUUCCGAUCCAAGUGCAAACUUGGAUCGGAACUUGCCGGUAAAAAAAAGAAAUGCUGUAAAAUGUGGAUAUUAGGUUUUUUGGGGAACUGGUGAUAAUGGAAAUAAGAAAAAGAAAAAUGUUCAUUGAGCAGAAUUUUUCCAGAAAAUAAUGAAAUGAUUGUUGCUUCAUUUUGUAAAACAUAUUUAGAUUUCAUGGACCAAAUAAAGCUGAAAUGUUGCUCUGA